AAAAAACCGCGAAAUCGAAGAAAAAAACCAUGAGUUUCGCGACGGCUUCGGCCUACGAAGCCUGACAUGUUCUACAAGAGGCAGCUAUUUUUAGACUCUGCCGGAGUAUUCCCCAAUUCCCUUACCCCCGUCUACUGGCUACCGACCGGUAAUAAUACAUUUCUCUACACACGUUCGGAACGCCAGACGUUCUCAAUGCGCGUCGGUUAUUAGAAUUCGGAAAUUUUCCUUUUUUUUUUUUUAAAUUCAUAAUUAAAAAAAGUGAAUUAAAAUAACCUCAACUCUCGCAUAGUAUUAUCGUAUUCGGCUUUUCAUCCAUUUUUUUUAAAUCUGUACUAUUCACACGCUGCUGAGGUAUCACGUCUCUCGAUUUCGGACAAUAUUGUGUAGAGUUCACGUCGUCGUUUUAAAAAACGUCAACACAAUGUUCUGUGACACUGAUGAAGUAAAGUUUAUGAUGGAAUAUAUGGUGAAAAUGGGCGAUGACUUGUUUUAUACAGAGUGCUUCCAGAAAAAUGAAACUAUGGGCGAAUUGUACCUAGGGUUCGCAAACAAACAUACAGCCGAAGAUAAAUUUUUGUACACAUACUAUUUACUCAAAAAAUAUAAAAAAUUACCGGUCAGUUGUGUACGAAGAGAACCCAAAAGCGACUCAAAAGCUCGCAGUAUCCGAACUAUGGGAAACGUUAAAUUUCAAAGCAAAGACUAUGUUUCUGCUUUACGUGAGUACAAUUUAAGUGUUAUGACUGCAAAACCAGACAGCGAAGACUAUGCAUAUGGCUUAGCAAAUCGUUCGGCUGCUCUCUACUAUUUAAAAGAAUACAAUGAUUGUAUAAGUGACAUUCACCAUGCAUUGGCUACUAAUUAUCCUGCUUCAAUGUCCUUUAAAUUAUAUGAAAGAGAAAUUAAGUGUCUAAAAAAUAUGGGAAAAAUAUCUGAAGCUAAGUCUAAAUUUGAAGAAUUUUCAUCUCAUUUGGGAUUUGCAUUAUUACCUGAAAAAAAAAUGCAAGAUAUUAAAAUUGAAUUGGAAAAGUUUUUAGAUGAACCCAAUGAUAUAAAUAUUAAUGCAGAUGAAAAAAUUGGAAUCAAAUUAUUAGGAGGUCCAAAUAAAAAUAUACCAGCAUUGUCCAAACAUGUCAAUCUAAAAUAUUCAGAAUCAAUGGGUAGAUGUUUAGUUGCUUCAUCUGAUAUUCAUCCAGGAGAUAUUCUUGCCAUUGAAAAUCCUUAUGUUGGUGUACUAAGAAAAGAAUCAUUUGAACAUAAUUGCCAUUAUUGUUUUAAACGCUGCUUAAGUGGUAUACCUUGCUUAAAAUGUACUUUGGUAAUUUACUGUGAUGAAACCUGUCGAACAAAAUCUCAUAAAAGUAUCCAUAAAUAUGAAUGUAGACUAUUAACGGCACUUAGUCGAUGGCCUAGUAUGAAACACAUGGAACAUCUGUCACUUAUCAUAUUCUUGACAUCUGUUACUAAGAUGGGACUGAACGAGUAUGUUGAUGCUGUACGUGCCAUGAAUGUUGAUUCUACUGAUCCCAUAAUGAGAGGUUUUAAUGCUCAUGGCAAAUAUUUGUCUCAUGAAUUUUGUUCUACCUAUACGUUGGAAGGAAAUGAAAAGUUAAGAAAAGUAAGCGAUAUGUUUUUGAGGAACUGUUAUGCUGCUGUUAUGGUUUCAUUUUUGACAUUGGUGGGACUGAAAAUACCAGACCAUCAGCUAGGCACUGUUGGAGAAUCGUUGGUUCAUAUCAUAUGUAUAGUUUCUUCUAAUGCUCAUGGUAUAACACAACAACCUCAAAGAAAAACAUGGAGGCUCGCAAAUCAAAAAGAGUUUAUGCCGGUAGCUUCUUUGUUAUUGCCUGUUUUAAGCUUGUUGAAUCAUCAUUGUGAUCCCAAUGUAGUAAGGCACAACUAUAAUGGAACUAUAGUCCUUAGAGCCAUUCAACCCAUUUCUAAAAACUCUCAGCUUUUUGAUAACUAUGGAAAAAUGUAUGCUACACAUAAAAAGGAAUCAAGACAAAAAAAGCUUUUAAAUCAAUUUUGUUUUCGUUGUGAAUGCAAACCAUGUGUAGAAAACUGGCCAGUUUAUGAAGUAUUAAGAACCCAGCAACAUUCAGAUCUUAUAAUGCUUACUACUCAUACUAAUCAAGACACUUUAAAAGAACAUGAAAGUAAACUGCGUAAAAUAAUUUUAGAAAUCGGAAAUAAAAAUACUGACGGUCUUGAAUAUAUUCAAUACUUGUAUGAUUAUUUGGAGGUUCUACACAAUAGUAUUAAAAAACCUUUUAAGGAAUAUUGUGAUUGUCAAGAAACCAUAAAAGAAAUUCUUUAUACCACUUCUGACAAAUUUAUUAUUCCAAAACAUUAACUUGUGUUAGUAUAUAAGAUUGUUUUUAUUAUUUAAUUUAAUUUAACGUGAUAACUUUAAAGAUCUUUAAUUUGUAUAUUUCUAUUUUUACUUAUACUGUAUGAUGGGUUUUUAACUUUGGAAAUCAAAAG